CUUUUCCCAGUUCCCAACCUCCAUAACCAGAGUUUGAGAGUUCUCUGUUUCCUAUGCUACUAAACUCUCUCUCUCUCUCUCUCUCUCUUACUUAACACUGACUGACUAUUCGUCAGAGAGCUUCAGAUCUAGAAAAGAAGAGGAAACACUCAGAUAGACCCUAGGAUCCGACAACAACCUCGGAAACCUGUGUGCUUUCACAAGAAUGGCAGUGACAGAAGCAGAAAAUCCUCUUCUUGGAGAAAUCACUUGUGGCACCUUACUCCAGAAGUUGCAGGAAAUAUGGGAUGAAGUAGGGGAGAGUGACGAGGAACGAGACAAACUGCUUCUUCAGAUAGAAGAAGAUUGUCUUAAUGUUUACAAGAAGAAGGUUGAGCUGGCCGCAAAAUCUCGCGCGGAGCUUCUCCAGACCUUGUCUGAUGCCAAUGUUGAACUCACCAAUCUCAUAGCUGCUCUUGGAGACAAAAGCUAUAUCGGCAUUCCAGAUAAGACUUCAGGAACGAUCAAAGAGCAACUCUCUGCAAUAGCACCUGCGCUUGAACAACUUUGGCAACAGAAAGAGGAAAGGGUCCGUGAGUUCUCUGGUGUACAGUCACAGAUUCAGAAGAUAUGCGAAGAGAUUGCCAGAGGUUUGAGCAAUGGACCUCUUGUGGUCGAUGAGUCUGACUUGUCCCUCAAGAGAUUAGAUGACUACAAGAGCAAACUCCAAGAGCUCCAGAAAGAGAAGAGUGAUAGGUUGAACAAGGUGCUCGAGUUUGUGAGCACAGUGCAUGAUCUAUGCGCCGUCCUUGGUUUAGAUUUCUUGAGCACGGUCACUGAAGUUCAUCCGAGCUUAGAUGAGGCAAAUGGUGUUCAAAACAAGAGCAUUAGCAAUGAGACGCUAUCAACGUUGGCCGAGACUGUCUUGACUCUUAAAGAGGAUAAGAAUCAAAGACUUAAAAAGCUUCAAGAGCUAGCUACUCAGCUAACUGAUCUAUGGAAUCUGAUGGACACUCCUGAUGAGGAAAGGGAGCUUUUUGAUCAUGUUAUAUGUAACAUGUCAGCUCCAGCUCAUGAAGUGACCGUCUCUGGUGCUCUAGCACUUGAUCUUAUCGAGCAGGCUGAGGUGGAAGUGGAUAGGCUUGACAAACUGAAAGCUAGCAGAAUGAAGGAGAUUGCAUUCAAGAAGCAAACCGAGCUCGAGGAGAUCUAUGCUCGUGCUCAUAUUGAGAUUAAACAAGAGGUGGUUCGUGAGAGGAUCAUGUCGUUGGUUGAUUCUGGAAACACUGAACCUGCUGAGCUACUAGCUCAAAUGGAUGGUGAGAUUGCCAAGGCUAAGGAAGAGGCGUUUAGUAGAAAAGAAAUAUUAGACCGAGUUGAGAAGUGGAUGUCUGCUUGUGAGGAAGAGAGCUGGCUCGAAGAUUACAAUCUGGACCAGAACAGGUAUAGUGCAAGCCGUGGUGCGCAUUUGAAUCUCAAGAGAGCUGAGAAAGCUCGGAUUCUGGUCAGCAAGAUUACCGCAAUGGUUGACACAUUGGUUGCUAAAACUCGGGCAUGGGAAGAUGAUAAGAGUAUGUCCUUUGAGUAUGAUGGUGUUCCCUUGCUCGCCAUGCUAGAUGAGUACACUAUACUGAGGCAAGAACGAGAAGAGGAGAAGCGGAGGCAGAAGGAACAGAAGAAGCAGCAAGAACAGCCACACACAGACCAAGACACCUCCGCGUUUGGGUCUAAACCGAGCCCUGCAAGACCCGUCAGUGCCAAGAAACCGGUGGGAACACGAGCUAACGGAGGAGGGAGUAACGAAACGCCUAUUAAGCGCUUAUCCAUGAACGGAAGCAAGUCUAAGAGAGACAGUCUCAACAAGCUGACUUCACCUUCUAACCUUGGAGCAGUCUCUAAAGAGGAUGAUGCAUCUCCAGUUGUAGCUUCACCGUGACAAGAUAUCUCUGAGCCUUUGUUAGUUGCUAUUAGGGAAGGACUGAUGUUUAUGAAACAAAACACUUUAGAAACAAGACAAGACAGUGACUCAGUGAGAGUAGAAUGUUAUGUAUCUGUAUCAUUGAUUUACUCAUAUUUUUCCAAACUUUGGUAGAAAGAAAGACUAUGUGAAGUGACCGGUUUAAUGAAGAAAAGCUAGGGCUCUAAUUGGAGUUAUUUAUUUUA